AGUAGAUUAAGUCGCCAUUGCAGCUAAGUCAUGACACAUGGCUAGCCGUGCGCAGAGGGCCCCAGGUGGACUCAGGCUGCUUGGGAAGCCAUACCGAAGUACAUGACCAAAGAGCGUGGUGCCAAGGGUGAGGACGAUGAUGAGCUGAGGUGGAAAAUUGGUGACAGAGUCUACGCUUUGUGGGCAGGUAACAACUGUUACUAUGUUUCGACCAUUGCAGAGGUGAACGAAACUGACAGGACUGUCGUGGUUACCUGGGAUGAUGCUGACACUUCUCACCGCAAGGUGUCCUUUGACCAGGUCAUGCGUCCCUCUGACGAGACCACUGCAUGGAGCAGAUCAAGGAUAGAGAAAAGGGCCACAGUCCGGUCAACCAAGCAAAAAGGAAGAUGUCUCUUCAUCAACGAGGCUUGUGAGCCUGGCCAAGUUGUUUUUGCGGAGAGACCCCUCCUUGUGGCCUUACCAGCUGUGGCGCCCAAGCUGUGGGAGUGCCUUCAAAAGCUGCACGAGGCGCAACCUCUCAACCUGGGCACCAUUACUUUCCACUUUGCGGCUCUGGUCUCUGUGCUCACGCUGGAAACUGGGGACAUCGACAUCAUCAGGGACAAAUAUGUACCUGAGCCUGAUGAGGAGCCCAACGAAGAUGUGUUACGUAUCCUCAAGGUGCUCCAGGAGGCUGAUUUAGAUGGCGAGAGCAACAGAAUUCGCAACCUCGAAGCAAAGAACUUCCAAAGACUCGUCUCUGCUUGGCGUUACAACUCUUUUGGACAUCACAAAGAGGACGGCCUGGUCUUGUACAACAGGAUAUCUAUGUGUGCGCAUUCCUGCGACCCAACUUGCUGUUGGUCUUAUGGAGAUGAAGAUGCUUUUGUCCUUCGGAGCCGUAUGGCCUUGGAAAAGGGCGGGGAGCUCACCAUCUCUUACCUUCAGGACGAAGACUUAUUGAAAAGCACCGGAGUCAGACAGCAGAAACUUCAAAAUUGGAAGUUUACUUGCAUGUGUCCACGGUGCUCACUGAAAGUGGAUGUUGGGCGUGGUAUUCGCUGCCAGAGGUGCAAGGUUGGAGUUCUGUACCCGGAGGUUCCCACAAGAGGCUUUGAGACUUGCAAGGUCUGUGGGAGCAGUCCAUCUUCAGAGGAUACCCAAAUGCUUCUGCACAUGGAGGAGGAGUAUGUGGCACGAGUCGACACUCUGGACAAGAAGGACUUGGAUGAUGUUCAAACGGUUUACCAGGCCGCUCUUGAAAUCUUUGAGAGGCACUGGAUCCUAUACGUCAUGGACACCAUCCUCUGGGAGGGCCAGCGGCAAAAAAACAUCAUGGUAGCCAUGGAGCAUCAGAGACGUCGAAUUGAUUUCCACCAGCACUACUACUUCAGGCCGACUUUUAUUUUAGCCUGGUGUCAUGAGGAGCUGGGCGACUGCAUGGUGCAGCAAUUUCCAAGUCGAAAAUGGCACCUCAUGCAGGAGUUCCAACGAGCUUACCAAAUGCUUGCCAUCCUGUGUGGUACAACACACCAAUACACCGCCAGCCCGUACAACAAGCUUUGGCAGGUUUCCAACACAAACAAUUCUGCCCAAGUGAACGCUAGUGCGGGAAGCAAUGACGGCGAAACUCGAAAGCCAGUGGCACAAGCUAGCAUCAGCAUGUGAUAAGCUGCAAUUCAACUUAAUACCAAAAUAUAAAGCACAUGAAAUU